AUGAUUUUCUUGUUUCUACGUUCACUAGCAUUAGGAAGUCCAUUUAACAACAAAAGAAGAAGUAACAAGUACUUUAUUUCAGGUCAAUUCGGUACAAACACAGUUGAGAUUCCAAAUGAACUCACAACAUCACUCACAUUUGAAGCAAAUACAUUUGUAAUAUUUUUGAACUUUUCAAAAGAUGUUAAGACUUAUAUUAUUUCAAACAAAAUCAUGUUUGAGAAUUUUCAAUUUGCAGAUUGCAGGGCAAUUUACUUCGAAACAAGGGGAUCACUUCAAUUUCAGAACACAAAUAGUCAACAGACAUCUUUCACAUAUUGUUCUUUUAAUAUAAAUUCUUCAAAGAUAAAUAUCAUGAAGAAUAUCAAUAUUUUCACAGGAAAUGGUAAAUCAACUAUUUAUUCCUUUAGUGAGCCAUAUGUUAGUAUAUUCUUACCAUUAUUGAAUCACAAUGCGUCAGCUUUAAUUUACGAUUCAAAAAGAGUCAAAUAUAUGUAUGACUUCUCAGGAAAAUCGAUGCAAGCAACUAACAGUAGCAAACCAACCGUAAUUAUUGCCAGUUCAAAUAAUUCAGAACCAUUUUCUUAUUCGAUUCAAGACGAAAACGAAACAGUUUUGCAUUACUCCAUAUCGAGAGAAUCACAAAUGUAUAAGGCAUACUCGGUUAAUGGACAAAAAGGAGUAUUCGAUAUAAUUACCAAGGAAAAAGUUGAAAUUCCUUUCGAUAGUCAAAAACAAGAGAAAAUUAUAAUAGCAGCAGCUGUUGGAAGUGUAUCUGUAGUGAUUAUAUGCAUUGUCGUCAUCAUUCUCUUCAUGAAACGUCGACAAAAUAAGAUUAAACUAAAUUCCACUCCAAUUCUCCAAAAAGAUACAAACUAUGAAGCACCUAAGGAAGAAACAUUUACAAAUCCUUACUAA